CGAUUGGGUGUAGACCAUGGCUUCUGAACCUGAUUACUCAGCAAAUACCAACGCGAGCAGUAGCAGUUCAGCGCCAGCGGGUAGUAUGAACUGGGAACCUGUCCAGCAACGCCUGCUGGAUCCGGAUCUGAACGUGGCCUGGCAGGCUGCCAAAGAAUUACGGGACAAUGUUGAGGUUGCUCAUUCUACCGAGUACCCUCUACUCCUGUCGGCCCUCUCGCCCGCCUUUUCGUCGAUUCUCACGCAGCGAACCAAGCCCAAUAGAGAUACGAAUAGUGUGGAGCAUAAGUUGCGUCACGCGAUAUUGGACGCCGUGAGCAAGUUUCCUUCGAACGAAGUCUUACGCCCUCACGCUCCCCAUUUGGUCGCCAUUGCCCUUGAGGUUCUGAAUCGUGACUACGAGGCCAAUGCGCUGCUCAGUUUACGGAUCAUCUUUGACCUGUACAAAACCUACCGAUCGCUACCACAAGAUUAUGUUCAGCCGUUUCUAGAUUUUGUGGUUUCAACCUAUAGGGCCUUGCCCCGGGCAGUACAGCAUAACUUUGCCUGGGAGCAUUUGAAUUUCAAGGCGACUGAGACCAGUAAAACAGCGACAACGACUAUAAUUUCCACGCCGAUAACCUCAACUGCCACGCCGACGACGACAGCAACUACCGCCACUAUUGCAGCUGCCGAACCAGUCGAAGAAAAAGACCAAGAUGGCGACCUUACUAUGCAGGACAUAGAAGUUCCAGCUACCGGUCCGGAAGUAAAAUCUUCAACACCAGCAUCGUCAGUACCCUCUGGGUCCGCUUCAGUAGACUCUUUGGGAAGCGCCAUCCCUGGCCAUCCGAACAGCCCGGAAGCACGGCUGCCCGUGCGUUCCAACCUUUCCUUUCGUGUCCUUACCGAAUGUCCCCUGAUUGUUAUGCUCAUGUUACAAUUGUAUCCAAAAUUUCUCAAAACCAACAUUGCCGCCUUGAUCGUUGUCAUGAUGGAAGCCUUGGCCAUACGUUCUCCGAGCUUGUCCUCCAUUACUCCGCCCGAAAUAGCGUCUACGGACAGCCCAGUCAAACGUUCCUACCACACGCGCGUCCGUGAACUUGCCGCUGCACAGGCCAAAACGCUGUCGUUUCUGACCUUUCUACUCCGGUCGUUCCAAGCCGAACUCAAACCGUAUGAAGAUCGUCUCGCCUCACACGUUGUCGCUCUGAUCAAAUCAUGCCCCCGCGAAUCCACUAGUACGCGCAAAGAACUUUUGGUCGCUACGCGUCAUUUGCUGAGUAGCGACUUUCGGAAGGGAUUUUUUCGACACGCCGAUGUAUUAAUGGACGAACGUCUUCUGUUGGGUUCACACUACCGAUCAGCCGACCAAGCAAGCUUGCGCCCGUUGGGUUACCAAACUGUGUCAGAACUUGUACUGAAUGUUCGCAGCUCCUUGACGAUGCUACAAAUGAGCAAGGUGGUCAGCUUGUUUUCUCGAGUGCUGCACGAUGAAGGAUCGACAUGUCCCAUGCCCACGCAGUACUUAGCAGUGCGUACUUUGCUGAAUUUGGGAGAUGUUAUUUAUCACAACACGGAUCUAAAUCCGCAACUGGGACGGGACUUGUUGGUGCGGAUUUUGAACACUUUGACGGAGAAGUUGACUGCUUUAAACGAGUACUAUCCAGAAGUGCAAAGGGCAGAACUUAAAAGGGGAGAAAUUGUGUCACCUACCGUACAGACCACCUCAUGUCAUGAUUCAGUCCGCGAUUUGCAGAGUAUGAUUCGGGCAAUCAUUGUGGGAAACAAAAACAUUGUGUUUUUCUUAAGUAAUUAUCGAAAUCAACGGGACAAAGAAAAAGUGCGAGAAACCUUGGUACCGCCACCUGGUUCAAAUGAAGAAGUGUCGUCUGCCUAUCACAAGCUGACCCAUACGGAAGUGGCCAUUCUUGAUCGUUACAUUAUUGCGUCGUUGCCUGCACUCAAACUGCUGAAAAUGACCAGUACGGGGCAGAGCCGAGUGGGGGGUGAAAAGACCUUGGCAGAUCAUCACCGUGAUACAUUAACGUACUUCGCCGCAACAUUUGCAGCCUUGGAUGGUUACAACUUUCGGCGGACGAUUGGCCGCCGUCUCAACCUUCUAGUGGACGCUAUUGUAGAAGAUCCACUCGUGAUGAUCGUGCCCCGGCAUCUUCUUGCUGUAAAUGCGGGGACGAGUUACGAAUUCUGUAGCAUGUUGACGUGUUACCUUGUUGAACGACUUGACGAUCUAGCUUUGCCUCAUCGAAACAAUAUUGUGUUUCUUAAGCCAUCCUGUGGACAAGCCGAGAAUGGCAAGGACGUUGUACUGGAGCAGUUGCGCGAGAUUUCUCAGAAUCCCCGAGACAGUGAGAAACAUCAGCGCCAGCGAAGUUCCACGUACUUACAACUCUUCGAGCGUGCUCUGAAGUCCUUGGCUCCAUAUCCAGAGAACGAAUCUACCAUUCGUCGAUAUUUGCGUUUUGUCGUCUCGGAAUGUUUACGGUCCUCCUUAGAAACCUCGGAACUAUGGCCAGACAACUACUGUAUUCUGCUCCGAUACAUAUUCCGAUCGAUUUCAGCGGGCAAGUUUGAAGAGUCUUACAAGGAGCUGUUGCCUUUAAUUCCUACGGUUCUAAAUGGUUUGUAUAGGGUCAUAUGCACUGCAGAUGAUACCAUGCUACGACGCACCGCCAUGGAACUUUGCCUGACGAUACCUGCAAGACUAUCCUCUCUCCUUCCUCACAUGAAUCUACUGGUGAGGGUAAUUAUUCCAGCUCUUGAUUCAAAUUCUGGAGAUCUGGUAAAUUUAGGACUGCGAACACUUGAAUUUUGGGUCGAUAAUUUGAAUCCAUUGUUCUUGUACCCCGAGAUGUCAAAAGACAUUCCUUUGCUCUCUGCUAUUAUGCGGUCGUUGUCUCGUCACUUGCGCCCAGCGCCCUAUCCUUACGGCCUGCUAACCCUGCGAUUGUUGGGGAAGCUGGGCGGUAAGAAUCGUCAUUUCUUACGUGAACCGCUUCACUUGACAAAUACAUCCAACUUUAAUACAGAAGCCGUAGAGGUCGACUGUUCGUGGAUCGUUGGAGACGAGAAUUCCGUUAAACCUCUCAAAACUACAACUACAAUUGCGCUUCCUCUUGACCGCUGUAUCGAAAUGCUUAAGACUAUUGCUACUUCACAAGAGUUUGUUGAGCUCAAGAUAUGCGUAGAAGAUGAGCCUACAGCUCUCAAACAAACUGUGAUUCCAUGGGGAGAAUAUGAAGUAUUGUGGUCAACACAUUUGGAAAAUGUGGAUUUCGAAGCAUACUCAAAAGGCGUGAGCAAUGAGACACGACGUUCUCAGGCCCACGCUUGUCUCUCAAUCAUUAAGACAGCGUUGGGAGUGCUCGAAACCUCUCGAAAACAGCAUGAGCAAAAAGAUGCUGCAAAAGCUCGAGAUCUUCUUUCCAGCUUCGAAUCUUAUGACGAAAAUGUAACUCCCGGUAGACUUGUCGCGCUGGCUCUCAUGUUUGCUCGCAUGAUUGAUAGUACCAAGCAAGAAUCCCAAAAUCUCCUAAUUGGCGCUGUUGGAAAGCUGCCUCCUGCCGAUUUGAGUGACGCCCUGGCUGACUUCCUCUCUGAACCUAUUUUGGGGACAAAUACGAUUGCGAUUGAGAUUUCAACAUAUUUUUUGAAAAGCGAGAGGAGUUUGGAAAAUUCAGACGUUGUGACAUUUGUAGAGCAUCUAGUCAGACGGUUGUGUGGGACCUGCUGUUCAGCAACCUGGAGCCGUCAACGCGGUGCUCAGCUUAUUUUGUUAUUUUUGGUAACCGAGCUGGGUCAUGAAUGGGCACUCGAGCACGAAUUAACUCUCAUAAAUGCAGCAAUUAUAUCAGUGAAAAGUGUUCCUCGGGAGCUCAGCACUGCUUCAAUCAAGGCUGUAGAGUUCUUUGUUCGCAUUUGUGAAGGCGUUUACGGCAAGCUGAACAGAGCACAAAUACUUCAACAAGGGCUGAUGUGGGAUAUCCUAUCUGACGACGAUAACAGAAUUCUGCAAUACACGCGUGAUAGUGUUGUUACUUUGGGAGAUGAUGAUGCGAUCGACCAGAUUGUUAAGUCCGACAACCUUUCACAAACGACAGAAGCACCGUCAGAUUCCACUGAGAUUCCGAGUACCAGAAAAAAGGGCAGCGAGGAAAAAACGCGAUUGACAAGACCAUCGAAGGAGGUUUUCCGAGUCAUGAUUCGCGAAUUGAUAUCAGCUCAGCACGCUGUAAGAUUCGUGGCACGAUUUAUAACAUCUUUAUACAUCGUGCCGCACUGGCGUGAAGGAAACGACCAGAGGGACGAGGCGGAACACCCGACAUUUAUUCGACGAGCCGUACUAUCUAAAUCAAUGAAGCUAUUGCCCCUUCCUUACCAGGUUGGUGCGAUCGAGGGUUUGGCAUCUGUCGUCAAGCUGUUUCCUGGUGUUCUCCCUCUUGACGACCAGCAUUUCCUAGGGUUUCUGUCGGAGCUCUUGAAGAUGACUUCUGUUCCUGAAGGCGAUAUGCAAGACCCAAGUUGGGCUGAUUCUGUGGUGGAUAAAAAUGGAUUUGCCGGCGUUUCUAGUGAAAGAUUGAACAUUGGCAAUCCGACACAUGCCUCGGCACUAUUCUGUCGUCGCGAAUGCAUUCUGAAUGUUGACGGCAUGACAUUGGUGGUCCCGGCUGAGCUUCCGAUGGGUGUGCAACUCAGAGUUUCUGCGAUAAAAUUAUUUCACGCGGUAAUCGUGAGCUACGCAGACGCAUUCUUCAAUGCGGAUAAGUCAACGCCAAUAGGAAAGAUACGGUCGCAUGCUGUUAGCCUACUCUUCCGGUCGCUUGUUUCCCAGCCUGAUAGGGCUGCGCAAGCCGCCUAUGUUGCUCUGCGGGAUGCGCGUAUUCCGAAAACGGCUGAGGUGGAACAGUCUCGAGGGCACUCAUGCCUAUCGAAAGACCUUAUUCAAACAUGCAUUCGUCCGGUACUUCUCAACCUGCGAGACUUCAAACGUUUGUCGAUUCCCCUUCUUCGCGGUCUUUCUCGAUUAUUAUCUCUGCUCAGCUCGUGGUUUAACAAAACACUUGGUGAGAAGCUGUUAGACCAUCUACAGAAAUGGACUGAUCCUGGAAAUAUUAUGUCCUCGAAUAUUUGGAGUGAGGGCCAAGAGCCACAUGUUGCUGCUGCAAUAGUUGAUAUCUUUGCACUUCUACCCCAUGCAUCUAAUUUUGUUGAACCAUUGGUCAAAACAUGCAUGAAAUUAGAUGCCACACUACCUGCCUUUAAGGCCAGAUACGUCGAAUCACCGUACCGCGGACCCCUUGUACGUUAUCUGAACAAGCAUCCGGGAUUUACGGUUAGCUUCUUUUUCCAGCGCUUGCGAACUCCGAUAUAUAGUGAGCUAUUUCAUUGGCUCAUCAAUGUGGAUGGUAGCACUGAUCUUCGGAGCUACUUGUCGAAUAAGCAAUGCUCUGUAAUGAUCCUCAAUGUAUGCUUUGAGACCCCUCUUGCAAUUAUGCGAUCCGAGAGGACUUCUCCCGCUUCUGGAAGUAGGAUAUCCCUUGCUUUGCAUGGAAUUGGUCAACACAGUACAGCGUCCCAGAACCCUGGAGGUACAUCUGCACGAAUGAUGAGUACGGAGGCACUUGAGCUACAGUUCCAGGGCUUCCGAAUCGUGGAAUCACUCAUGGCAAACGAUAUUUCAUACGUAAAAGAUCAUAAUGACAUUGUAAGAGCCUUUCGAUGGCUUUGGCGCAGCAAGGGGCGUGCUUUACGCCUUCAACACGAAGAAUCUUUGUCACCACGAUUUCACGAUGAAUCCAAGAUGCUUGCUUCGUUCUUGCUCAGCUAUGCCAAAUCAUUCCCGAAUGAGGAUCUGGAUAUCCUUUUUGAGUUAGUCCGCGUAUACAUUCAACCUUCAGGAGUUGAUCUUACCUUCAUAAGUCGAUACCUCGAGGAAAUGGUGUCCAACGUCCUGACAGCCGAACAGAAGAAACGUGUACUCGAACGAUUUUUCGACCUUGUUUCGCGUGAAAAAAACGAAGAGAUUAAGGUACUCAGCAUACACUUUCUACUGUACCCGAUGAUUUUGGCCACUCACAAAGAAGAGUCUCGGGACUCCAGUCUUAGACUAGUCGACUCAACGAUAGUUGAGAGGUUUACAAAAGAGGUUUUGUUCUCUCAAGGCGCUCCAUUCGCUUGCGGCGAAAGACUGAAGGUUGAGCUUCUUCGUCUUUUGGACUUGAUAGUUGAGCAAACAAAGUCGGCCAUCGAACCCUUCCGAAAAGAUGUCGUUCGAUUUUGUUGGGCUCUUAUAAAAAAUGAAGAUGCUUCCUGCAAGGGAUGGGCGUACGUUUUAAUUUGUCGGCUCGUCGAGUCGUUCGAGACUCCGAAGAAGAUUGUCAAUCAAAUCUACUCUGCUCUACUUCGAUCACACCAGCAAGAUGGGAAGGAUCUUAUCAGAAGGGCAAUUGAUUUGCUGAUCCCAGUAUUGCCCAAGCGACUGGACGAAGAUGAUAUGAGACGAGCUAUAGACCAGGCUAGUCACCUGCUGUUUGAAGAUAACAGUUCUACUCCCCAGCUCGCACAUAUUUGUACCAUGAUCGUCAGAAGUCCGGAUGUUUUCAGGCCAUUUAGAAUUCGAUUUAUUGGCCAGAUGAUUAAUUGCUUGAGUCGCCUUGGACUACCUCCCAAUUCUUCAGCUGAGAACAGACCACUAACCAUUGAUAUGGUCGAUCUUCUUUGGGAGUGGAAUAGCAAUGUCGCCGAGUCCUUGCCACUCAUAAGUCACGAACAGAUGGACGUAGUGGGAAACUUUCUUGUACGCCUGAAAAUCGUUUCAUCCGAAGAAAAACCAGACGGCAGGACGGCUAAGUUUGAUGCCGGUUUACCAUCCUUUGACGAGCGGCUUUCUUGUCUACUGGUGAAGGUCUUGAAACAGAAAGGCGUCGAUAUACGGAAGCAACCCUUCGAGAAAGUUAUGGAAAAAAAUCUUGGAGACAGCGGACCUGUGCUAGCGUCCUUGGAUCUAUUCGUUUUGAUGCUUGAAUCCGGUCUACAUGAAUUUUUCACGGCCAAUGAAGUGUUGGUGGAGAAACUUGUUUUGUCGGCCUUCUCUCAUGCGAAAACUUACGAGCCUCUUCGAAAGAAGCUGCUUUUCUUCACGCAUGCGUCUUGUUCUUCUACAAAGCUGACUUCCAUCGUGAUAUUGUGUGUUGAGCAGAUAAUCAUAGAGUCUACAGAUACGCAAAAAAAGCGAUCGCCGGGUAAACAGCCAGAGGCGAGCCGCCAGGUGCAUGGUCGCAGCAGCAAGGACAAAGAGAAAGAUGAUGCUACCAAGAUUGCUUUGGCCGAGUUUUAUCGCUUCGGACUAGAGCUAGCAUCAGAGCUGUGUAGACAAAGCGAUAGCGGUCUAAGAAGACUCACGAACGUCCUUCUUAACCUCUUGGCAGUUCUGACAAAAACCCAUGUAUUGGAAGCGGCAGCAAAGCAACGUCAGGGGGGCUCAAGUGGUCCACCGACCAAUACCCCAGGCGUCCUGCACCACACUCCAACUAAAGGUAUUUUGGAGGAGACCUGUGAUCAGUUUUACGGAGACCAAUCGCGUAUUCUGGGAGGAGGAAAAACAAAGGGAGAAAGGGAAAAUUCAGAAAGAGAUGAUGCAGUUCGAUCGUUGGUAGUCACUCUAGGAAUUUUUGAACGAAGCGACGUUGCAUUCACUUUUACGCAGAGUCGGAAAAACUUGUUCCAGAUUUUGAGUAGUAUCCUCGAUUCCAGUGACAACGUACAACUACUGAUGGUGGCCACUAGAGUAAUAGGAAAGUGGCUCCUCUCAGACGACUCUGGAGGGCCUCUGACUUCGAAAGAGCGGAACAGUUUUCUCUGGAAAAUUGCUUCAUUCGAUUCCAACGGUCUGUCAGACGACUUGACCUCCCAACCACUGGCCGAUCUCGUGGCUUACUUCGUCCAGAGGGUAUGUUUUGGCGUUGAGGGCAAGUUGAAGGAUGGCGAAGGUUUGGUCAUUGGUAGAUGUAUGGUUGCAUGUCUCUUACAUGCUCAAGAGGAUGUAAGAAUCCGUCUUAUCACUUCUUAUGUUUGCGGUUUUCCUUCCGAGCUGUCGAGCAGAGGGGCAGCAGCUAUGAAUCGAUCCGUUGUCGACGUCUUUUGGAGGCUCUUAAACAGCGAUAUCGAAGGUCUGGCAUCACGCUAUUGGACUGUCUUUUACGUCGACUGCUUGAUAUCCUGUUUGUCGACGAAAGACUACCACUGUCUAAAUGGUCUGCGAGUUCUUGCCCAUGGGGAUACAACAACGUGUCAAAAACUAUUUGAGUGGCUUCUCCCUGCUAUUUGGGAUAUCAUCCCAAGCGACGCUAUACGGCUUCGUAUUUCGACUGGAAUGGAGUUUCUUCUCUCGCGUCCUUUUCACGCCCAGUUUCUGAAGGCUGCAACUUUCACCCCUGGCGCCGAACGUCGCUGUUCCAACGCUGUUCGGUCGUUUUUGAGUGGCGUGGCGGCUUUGGCUCCGGCUCCCGUGCUAGAACCUUACCUUUUGGUUUCUCUAGCCGAAAACUACAACUGUUGGUUUGAAAGUAUCAGCCUGUUGGAGAAGCACUUCUCGUUGCUAGGGUCGACUCCUAAAGGUCUACUCAGCUUGGAUGCAAUGGGCCACUGCUACAGGCGGCUUGGCGAAGACGCGCUGUGCUUGACACUUGCCAAAGAAGCGUGCACCUUACCCGAAACAGCUAUUGCAAUAGGCUUAAAUGUCUACGGUAUGGUUUCUGAGGCAGCCAAACAGUACGAAGGCUUGGUAGACAGUGCUGGAGGGAGGGAGUUUAAGCACGUACCAACCGAUUUUGAAAUGGAUCUUUGGGAGGAGCAUUGGAUUGGGCUGCAAAGGGAACUGUGCCAGCUUGACAUCGUUUCAGAGUUUGCCAACUCUGCUGGAAGCCUACGGUUGAGGCUAGAAUGUGCGUGGAAAGUCCAAGACUGGAACACAGUUCGUUCACUUUGCACUUCCACAUCGCUUCUUGCAGCUGUUGAAAGUGGAGACCCUCUUGUCAAAAUCAGCGAGACUCUGUUGGCCGUCGCAGAUGGAAAACUCAGCGAGGUGGAAAAUCUACAUGCACAAACAGCGCAACUCUGUUUGCACAAAUGGCAGCUACUUCCUCUACUAAGUAGUGGGAGCACUUCACACACGUCCUUGUUGCACUUUUUUCAUCGGCUGGUAGAGAUUAGAGAAUCGGGGCAAAUUAUGGUUGAGACGAGCACCCACUCCUCCGAGAAAACGCUACCAGAUCUCAAGAACCUCUUGAAUGCCUGGAGACACCGUCUGCCAAAUGACUUCGAUCCUAUUGCAUCGUGGGAUGAAGUUUUCUCUUGGAGAGCGCACAUGUUUAGCGCCAUAACAUCCAAUUUCCACUGGAGCGAGCCCAAUACAUUGGCGACACUUCACGAUAGGCCCUGGACCGCUAUCCGAAUGGCGAAAACCGCCCGCAAACACGGAAUGCGAGAUGUUUCUCUACUCACUUUGAAUAAAACUGUCGAUGAACGUGCAAUGAAUGUGUCCGAUGCAUUUUUAAAGUUGCGGGAGCAGAUUCUUGCUUACUACAACCCAGGAUCGGACGCUGAGAGACACGGCGGACUGAACCUUAUAAAUACUACGAAUCUCUCUUUUUUUGACCAGCCGCAAAAAAGUGAGAUCUUCAGGCUCAAGGCAUCUUUUCUUGCAUCUUUGGGGUUCAGGUCAAAAGCAAAUCAAGCUUUCUGUCACGCACUUCAAAUCUCUCCAACUCAUGCUCGGGCUUGGGAAAGCUGGGGUGGCUUGUGUUCAAUGCUGGGUGCAGUUGCUGAAAAACAGGUGGAUCUAUCAACGUCAAAGGGUGGGCACGAAGGCAGCAAAGAAGUGGGUACUGAUUCGUCCAAGCGGGUAGCGCAGUACCUUGCACAAGCGAUGGGUUGCUAUCUCGAGAGUAUCCAGCUCGACACAAAUGAAUGGACGCGCAUUCAUCUUGCGAAAUGCAUUUGGAUGCUCACCAAAGAUGGCGGAACACCAGGUGUUUUAUGCUCGACGUUUGAGAAUCGAGCAGCUCGGCUGCCCCCGUGGGUUUGGCUGCCGUGGCUUCCACAGCUUUUCACUUGUCUAUAUCGGCCAGAGGGCCGUGCAAUUAGAACAAUUUUCUCUCGCGUUUUGAAAUCGUAUCCUCAAGCUGCAUACUAUCCGUUGAGAGCAUUCUUCCUGGAACGACGUGAUGUUGAGCGAACAAAAAGUUCGUCAUCCACCGAGCCCGGACAACACAACGGUUCUGCUUCCUACUCCGAGGAGAUGGUGUCUCAGCUGAGGCGCGCUCAUACCUCUCUUUGGAGUUCGUUGGAGGCUAUACUGGAGGAACUCCUGAUGAAAUUUCGACCUUCUCACGAGGAGGAAUUUCUUGCAACUAUCGUAGCUUUACUCGAACGAGCCGAGACGCAGACCGCCACAAUCGGGACAAAGGACGAAGAAACAGUGACUGCAUCUGUUUGGAAAACAUUGGGAAGGAUUGCGGUCAAGUACUUUCGUCACUCGGAUUCAUCCUCAGACCGCAAGGAUACACGAUCUAUAAAAACCGCGGAAUUUAAAUCACAGCACAGGAAAUCGUUUGAAGAUGACUUUCACGUCUCUUCGAGCGAAACGGUAGAAAGCGAUUCAUCACCACCACCUAUGGAGCUUAUCGAAAUCCUUUUGCUGAUAAAGAGCUGGAAGGCAAAGGUGGAAAGUCACGUUAUGUCAACGCCUCGGUCUAUUCCAUUGAUCACGUCCUCGCCAUCACUGGCGAUGUAUUGUAUCGGUGACGCACCAGAUCUCUGGCCAGGGUCCUGUGAUUCUCGCUAUACUUCCCAAAUCGCCAAUGAUUGUAAAACUGGUUCUGCUGCCGAUGAAGGAAAUCUCCUGACAUCAACAACAUCAUCCGCUGCAGCUGCAAAAAAGGCAGCGUUAGCUGCAGCCAAAGCUGUCUCGAUUUGUGCAACGAGGGAAGGAGUAGGCAGUGACUACGGGGGAGGGUCUGCGCACAUCGAGAUCCCGGGACUCUACAUGCCGAACACAACUUGUUGGACCGACACAAGACCAAGCCCUGAGCUACACCCGAAACUGGCAAGGUUCGAGCCCUUCGUCAAAGUUAUUUGUCGCAACGAUCAACUCGUCCGACGAAUUGGAAUGAUAGGCAGCGACGGUAAAACGUACCGCUACCUUUUGCAAUGUGCGUUGCCGUACUGGACUCGGACGGACGAAAGAACAGCGCAGACAUAUUACGCACUGGACAAAGUGCUUCGAAAAUCAAUGCCGAGUGCUCGAGCUCAUCUCUCGGCUCAGCCGCAUCCCGUCGUUCCCGUCGCGCAAAGGCUGCGACUCGUACACGAGCCGGAAUCGAGAUUUUCACUGGACGAAGUGAUGGGAAAGUCAUUGCGAGAGAAGAUCAGCGGAGAGGCUCCGGCAUCUUGGCGGUUCAAUGAAGCUCUCAAGGUCGCACUGUCCAACAAGGAUCUAGCUACUCAAAAGGACGAAGAAAGAAGUGCUUUCGAGCGAUCAACGCGGCUCGAAGUUUUUGAAUCUUUUUCGAAGGAAUGCGACGUUGAUUCUCAAAUUCUGUCGAAUUACAUGUCCCGUAAAUUACAAAGUCCUGAGCCAUUCUUCCAGUUUCGACGCACUUUUUCCAAUCAAUGGGCCACCAACUGUUUAUUACAGUUUGUCUUCCAUAUAUCGGAAAGGUCCCCUGGUAAGGUUGUUGGUAUUGAAACUGAUGGUCGUGUUCUUUCUCCAGACUUUCGGAUUCGAUACAAUAACCAAGGGGCCUUGGAAGGACAACCAGUCCCGUAUCGAAUGACUCCAAAUAUUGAGAACCUCAUUGGGUUUCCACUGAUGGAUGGGCGAUUCAUUACUUCUAUGGCGAUGAUGGCGGGGGCCAUCCGUGAGUACAAGGAAGAUAUGGAUCCAAUUUUUCGUCUUUUGAUGAGAGAUGACCUUGUUGCUUUCUUCACAAAGUCCAUGGCCAAGUCGGACAAUAAGACACAGGAGAUGGAACGGCAACUGGUCGAUCGCGUCUCGCAGAAUGUGGCUACCGUGCAGAGUCGCUUUUCGGAAUGCUCGCCGAAGCUCCCCAAAGACAAAAAAGAGGGUCUAGUCGAUCAGCGCGUGCGUGAGCUGUUGGAUGCGGCUCGAAGCAAAGACAAUAUCUGUAUGAUGAACGGAACAUUUCAAGGGUGGGUGUGAAAGAUAAAAAACACCCUCAAAAUUGGUUUUGAUAAGCUUACAUUAGCUAUAGAAGUAAAUUUGCAUUC